AUGGAUUGCACCACAGAUCCCUAUCUCCUAGGCCGGCAGCUCCAGCGGUUCCGCCAAGGCAACCCAGGCGACGCCGGCGCCAUCUGGACCGAAUACGACCUCUACUAUUUCACCCUCUGCCCACUCUCAGCUUCUGAGAAAACAAACGAGGAUUAUCCUCUUGAAUGGCGGUAUGAUGCCGUGCGCUUACGAUCUAGCCGCGCCCAAUGGAGGACAUUGAUGGCGGGCCGACAUCCCUAUGAUGAUGCUAUGCAAAAGUGGCUUUCGAGCUGGCGACAGCCCAUCAUUGAGAAGUGGCGUCAUGACAGAGCUACGAAUGAGAAGGGGCUUUGGAAGUGGCUCUGGGGGAAAUAA